CUCUCAUCGAUCAACGCUCAGUUACUCUCUCACGGUUGGGCCAAACGUCCUCUCAACCUCGAUGCUUUAACUGGGAAGGACUAUGAAGAUGUCGUCGGAGUCCUCUUUGAGCUAUUAGGAUCGAGUGUAACUAAUCUCGAGACUCUGGAUAGUAUCCUUGCCAAACAUCGAACAUUGUCAUACGAACAUGAACGUCUGACAAAAUCACAUCAUUCCAGAGCCCUCGCUAUUGCCCGACUUGAAGGAGAAACUCAGGGCUGGAAAUCACGUUGCAACGAACUGGAACGGCGUCUGGUACUAGAAGAAGCAAAGACGAAAGAGUUGCGAGAGGAAGUGGGGAGAGGUAAGAAGGCCUUGGAAUCGGUCCGUGUUGCGGCGAAUCAUCAAAGCAAGAAAACGCAGAUCAAACUUGACAAAGCUCUUACUCAGAUUGCCAGAUUCAAUAACGAUGCCACUCUUCUCUCCAGACCGCAUGGAGUGACAAUACUUAAUCCAAUACCUAGUAAUCGGAACAUACCUACACAUGUGAGUUCAGCGCCGAUGAUCGAACAAGCCCUUAGAGACUUGGCUGAGAUUCGAGAGUCUCUGCAAGAGGAGACGGAAGCGUUCCGACAUGUGGUCAUCUCAGCAGGAAAUGGCCUACGGGAAGCGAUUGCAGCAUACAAAGGCGAAGAGAUGCCUCCUCGUUUUGGACAUGUGCAAUUCUUUGCACCUCUCACAGCUUCCUCUAGUCGUCAUCUAUCCUCAUCCUCGACACAUACUUCUCAAUCCUCUUCGUCCACCUCUCAUCCUACGCUGGCAAAUGCAAGACUGCAAACACUUAUCUCGGAGAUCCGGGAACAACUUUUGAGCGGUCAACCUCCAGCGUCGAGAUUAGAUUCCGUCGAUCCGGACGUAGAGGUGGAUGUGGCUGAGAGGGAGAAGAUGGAAAGAGAGCAAUUACGAGUUAUACAGGAUCUCGAAGAUCGCCUGAAAGAUUUGCAGAUGGAGGUGUCAUGUGCCAAGGCGAGAGAGGAAGAGGCUAGUCGUCUUCUGACAGAAGCCGCCCGAGAGAAGAUGAAAGCUGGGAUAUCAACGAAGCCAAUAGACGACCUGGCGGAGGAGAUAGAGGAGGUCAGAGGGCAGAGAGAAUUAGCGAAACAACAAGAUUCUUUUGAACAAGAAAGGAAACGCUUUGCUCAGGAGAGAUAUAUCUUAGCUGCUGAGAAGCGGAAACUUGAGUUGGAAAGGCAGGCAUUUGUGGAAGAACAAAGACAAGCGGAUCUAGCUGCCAUGAGAGCGUACUUACCCGCGACUCCUGAGGAAGGUAUCAAACCUCCACUUCCUAUGCAAUCUACCUCAUCACCCAUCGGCGGUUCAUUUCAUGAUGAUCAUCGUCCAAUUUCCCCUUCCCCUCUCUCACCUCAUCAUGUUCAUCGAACACCGAAGCAGAAACAUCACCUUCACGCUGCGCGCCGAAAAUCUGUCAAGACUCCAUUGUCAAGAUUGGUGUUGGAGAAAGCGGUAAGGAACAAAGGAAAAGAUGCGGCCGUGUUGGGAGAAGGAGGAAGAAGAGCUAAUGUGGACAUGGAGAGGAGAAUGGUGUCUGGGAGUUCGAACGUUAAAAGUGGAGUGAGGAAGGCUUCCAAUGGGAGUAGUGUCAGUUCCGAUGACAAGGCGGGCAAGGUUAGAGGGAAAGUAACUGGACAGUUGGGGGUCUCACAGAGGAAAAUCGAUCUGACCAAAUCUAUCGGAAUGGCUCAAUCGGCAGUGAAAGGGGCUAAAGUUUGGAGAUAG